CAUCCCACUGUUGUUUGUUGUUGUUUUUACAUAUUUGUUUGUGGCAUCCUUGUGGCUGUCAGACGUUCACGGCCCAUGUCGGUGUAAUGUGCCUUUAUUAUCGAGGCGUGUCUGCUGGCAGUGAGUCAGCGCCUCUCCGGCCCGGCUGCGCCCACAGCUGGCAUGUGUGUGUGUGUGUGUGUGUGUGUGUGUGUGUGUGACAGGCUCCUCCGGACUCCACCCUGAUCUCCGAGCUUCCAGGAAACACUCCACUCCUCACGGCUGCUGCUUCACAUCUGUGUGCAGCUGCAAAGUGCAGCUCGGAACCCCGCGGAACGGACCCACAGACCGGGACGGAACAGACCCACACACCGGGACGGAACAGACCCACACACCGCCGGACAAGUUGAGGCGCUCGGUCCUCUGGGAGUUUUUGUGACAGCGCGCAGCUCUCGGCGCGUCUCCUCCGGGGAUAAAGACGGUGAAGGCGGCUGGACGUCUGUGAAUCCGGCGUCAUGUCCAGGUCAGACUACCCUCCAGGGUACGAUGACUCCCGCGGCCCGCUGUACUCACCUCAGGGCGGGAACUACCCACCGCCCCCUGCCUAUGGCUUCCCGUCCUUUGGUGGUCCACAGCCCGGCCAGCCCUCUGCUCCCUACCCCACCGGUCCCAACGCCUCUCUGUUCCCAGGCCAGCCAGGGGGGUAUCCUCCCGGGCCUUACCCAGGACAGCCUCAACCCGGCGGCCAUCCGGGAGCAGGAUACCCCAACCCUCCUCCGAUGCCCCCCGUCAUGCCUCCCAUCAUGCCGUCAGAUAUCCUGAGCUCUGGUGAUGAGUUUGCAGCUCGUGGCAGUGGGUGGGACUCUCUGAGCAUUCGGCACGCCUUCAUCAGAAAGGUAAACGACACAAUCUGUAGUGGAUUAGUCCCAGGCUCUUACCUGAACCAAGAAGUAUUCUGUUGACAUAAUGAGAAGGCCUUACCCAACAUGGGGAUGUUUACAUAAAUAAUUGCGUCAGAAUAUUUUUGCAACAAAAAUGUGGCGCAAAUUUGGGCAGCAGCACAUCAUGAUUAAUAAUAAUAAAAUAAAUUAAAGCCGCAAGUGGUGUUGGACGGGUCCUCGCUUGUUGCACAGUUAUAAAGUAAUGUUAGAGGAAUGGUUAUACACGAUUAGUCAGUGCAUGGAGUAAAGUUAACCGACGUCUGGUUGACAAAGAUGUGUACAGCUGCUGGGACAAAGGUUGUUUCGCUUUUAGUCCUUCAACUGUGAAAGUGUAAAUUCUACCCAAACGGGAGCCACUGAAACGCUGUGAAGAGAAUGUCUGAGGCGUCCUCUCGGCUUUCCCGCAGAUCUGCUGCUCGCAGUGUGACCAGAGAUCUGAGAGGACAAACAGUGAUCAUGUGCCACUUUUGAAUUUCGAGAACGAUGAGUGAACUGUGAACUGUGGGGAGAGAACUGAGCUUCCUUUAAGAAAUUCUGGUGACAUUACUUUAAGGUUCAUUAUCAAACACAGAGGUUUAAAACCUCCACUGCAGCUUCGUGCAUAAGUGUGAGUGCUGCCUGACAUCUGUGCUCUCUGGAGAAGGUCACCACAACCUCUUUUCCACUUUCUGAAGCUGUAAAACAACGAUGCAGACUUGCAUAACUAUGCAGCUGGUCAGUCAAAACAGCAGCAACAGUUUGAUCACAGAUGCGGAAUUUGCUAAACAGAGAACACAGGACUCCAAACGGCAAACGUUCUGUUGGAAGCAGGAUGUGCAGCUCUGAGAGGGUGAUUAACAUCUGAAAACCAUUUCACAGGAGGGGAAACGAGGACAAACACUUGGAGUGGGUUAAGAUACAGCAGCAUUUCACAGAAGAUGAUUGAAAAAUUUACCGAUGAAUCCUGGUUAGAGAUCAGUGUCAGUAGCAGAAUGUAAGGAUGAUAGCACAAUGUGUCAACUCAGUAGAACAGGCUGCUGGAAGUAUUUAAGUCUGCUGGGAUUAGACACCUGGACUGAAUCAGCUCCACCCUGACUAAGGAGAAGUAACCCUCCCUUCUUUAGAGACAUGCAAGGAUUCAUGCUGCAGCAGGAUCAUGAGUCCAAACUCACCCUAAAGCUGUGACUUGAAGACUAAAAAAUAAAAGUCCAAGAAGGGCUGACGAGCAUGAACUUGCCUCCCCGGUCAUGUGACUUUGUUCCCACAGAACAUUUAUGGGGACACUUGAAGACAUUCCUGGCAUCAGAAGCUUUUUGGAGAGUUGUCAGAUCAUGCUGGGACAAUGUGGGGGAAUCGGGUUUCGCAAGAGAUUCUGAAAUUCAUGGACAUUUUCACAGAGAUUCAGCUUUUCACGUAAACAGAUGUUAUUUCUAAUCCAAAACUUCAGCAUUACAUUUUAAACUCAUGUGUUUUACUGGCGCUCUCAGACCUCUACGGACGCCACUGUGUGAAUGUGUGCUGUAUGAUAUAAUCUUCAGCUAAGCCACAAGCACAGAAAACAAACACAAUGUUCCUAAAAUAGUAACACACAAUCAGCUGUAAUCUAGCAUGUCUUUUCUGAACUGUGAGAAUUCUUAGUACUGGAGGGGAAACAGUCAGUGAACCCUUGGGGUUAAUAAGAGGACAAACCUCUUCUGGCAGCAGGAAGCUCUAAGACGUGUUUCCUGCACGAUGUUCUGGAUGAUUCCUCGUCACGGAGCUGCUUCGGCUCGGCCACAUUCUCAGGAUGUCUCCUGCCUCUCUAUUGUGUAAUCUCUCAGCUGUGACUCUUCCUUCUGCAGGUGAUUUACUUCAGUGUUUGGGCUCAUUGUCCUGCUGCUGGACAGCCACAAUGACAUUAUCCUGUGAAAUACCUCGAUGAACUUUGGAAUUCAUUUUCCACGUGAUGAUGGUGGGCUGUCCAUGAUGCUUCCUCCUCCGUACUUUAUCUCA